UCAUCUCUCUGAGCUUAUCCCAAAAACAACCAACCAACCAAAAACCCAAUCAAGAUGUUCAAAUUCGUUGCUGUCAUCGCUCUCCUGGUCGCCACCGCCAGCGCUGGUCUGAUCGAGACCCACCAUGUGGUGCAUGAGCCCGUCCUGGCCAAGGUUGGAUCAGUGGUGCACUCUGCUCCCUCUGCAGUUUCCCACCAGAGCAUCACCCAGGUGCACAGCAAGGCUGUGGUGCAGCCCGUGAUUGCUCCCAUUGUGAAGACCACCACCUACACCCAACCCGCCGUGGCUGUCCAUGCUGCUCCAGUGGUCCACUCUGUGCCCGUUGUGCAUGCCGCCCCAGUUGUCCACUCCGUGCCUGUCGUCCACUCUGCUCCUGUGGUCCACUCCGUGCCUCUGGUCCACUCUGCUCCCCUCGUCAAGUCGGUGGUGCACUCCGCUCCCCUGGCCUACACCCUCCACCAUUAAGGAUUUAAAUGUGAUACAAAUUUUACGAUUUUUUGUUUAAAUAAAUGUUUUUCGUUUUGUCAUAACAAGUUAA